UGCGCCGCAGCCAUGGCCAUUGCUCACCUGGCCACCGAGUACGUCUUCUCAGACUUCUUGCUGAAGGAGCCCUCGGAGCCCAAGUUCAAGGGGCUGCGGCUGGAGCUGGCCGUGGACAAGAUGGUCACGUGCGUCGCCGUGGGGUUGCCGCUGCUGCUCAUCUCGCUGGCCUUCGCACAGGAAAUCUCGAUUGGUACCCAAAUAAGCUGCUUCUCCCCCAGUUCUUUCUCGUGGCGUCAGGCCUCCUUCGUGGACUCUUAUUGUUGGGCAGCCGUCCAGCAGAAGGACUCCUUGCAGGGUGACUCUGGAAACCUUCCAUUGUGUCUGCAUAAGUUUUUCCCCUACAUCCUGUUACUGGUGGCCAUCCUGCUGUACCUUCCCUCCCUGUUCUGGCGUUUCGCAGCUGUUCCUCAUCUUUGCUCAGAUUUGAAAUUUAUCAUGGAAGAACUUGACAAAGUUUACAACCGCGCAAUUAGAGCUGCGAAGAGCGUGCGUGACCUGGACUUGAGAGACGGUGCCUGCCCAGCUCGAGAAGUUAAUGAGAACCUGGGGCAAAGUUUGUGGGAGAUAUCAGAAAGCCACUUCAAGUACCCAAUUGUGGAGCAGUACUUAAAGACAAAGAAAAACUCCAAAAAUUUAAUUGUCAAGUACAUCAGCUGUCGGGUGCUGUCACUCAGCAUUAUACUGUUAGCAGGCGUCUACCUGGGCUAUUACUUUAGCCUCUCCUCCCUCUCGGAUGAGUUCAUCUGCAACAUCAAAUCCGGCAUCCUGAAAAAUGACAGCACUGUCCCCGAUCGGUUCCAGUGCAAACUCAUUGCCGUCGGCAUCUUCCAGUUGCUCAGUUUCAUCAACCUCGUGGUGUAUGUCGUGCUGGCUCCCCUGGUGGUCUACACGCUGUUUGUUCCAUUCCGACAGAAGACGGAUGUUCUCAAAGUGUAUGAAAUCCUGCCCACUUUUGACGUUCUGCAUUUCAAGUCGGAAGGGUACAACGACUUGAGCCUCUACAUUCUUUUCUUGGAGGAGAAUAUUAGUGAACUCAAGUCGUACAAGUGUCUUAAGGUUCUGGAGAAUAUUAAAAGCAGUUGUCAGGGCAUUGACCCCAUGCUUCUUCUGACGAACCUCGGCAUGAUCAAGAUGGACGUGGUUGAUGGCAAAAAUCCUGAGCCCGUGGAGAGGAUGGCAGAGGAGCAAGGGGACCAGACGGCAGAUCUCAAAGAUUUGAAUGUACACAAUGGAACGAAAAUAAAUAAUGGAGAGCAGAAUGCUCGACAGAGACUUCUGGAUACUUCUUGCUGAUGAUUUUUUCCCGUGAACUUCAGAUCAGUGACCUGGGCAACAUGGGAUUCAUUUUGGCUGAAGCACCUCUGGCAGGUACCCAGCUGGUUCACAGUAGAUGAUUCUCAGCAGAGAUACUGAGUAUGUCUUACUGAGUCCCUGGUGAAAACGAUGGUCAACAAAACGUUGUGGAGGAUGGUUCAUGAGCUUCCUACGAGACAACGUGGAGACAAGUAAGCCACAGCAAACGUAGAUGUGUACGUCAUCAUCAGACAGAAGGUGGAAAGACUAAUCCUAGUAAGAGUAACAGACCUUUUAGGGCCUCAGAGAAAAACACCUUUACGUACAGAUGGUGCAACGAGCCUCAGAGCUACUGGAAAGCAAGGACUUUGGGAGUUUUUUUUGUUUUGUUUUAUGAAAUAAUAAUAAACAUGUCAGGGUAUAAUUUAAUAUGAAUCUUGUCUGUGCCCUAGUGACUGUUGGAUGAGAAAAAUAUUCACUGGCUGACUGUGGACCCAUAGGUGGAUCUGCUCCUGGCAGUAUCCUACAUUGGAAGAGUUGCUGGAGCCUCGAUUCUUGUACACCAGGCUCUGGACCCUGCUACCUGUCAACCUUGACCAACCGAGAUCCUCUAGCCACUAUGUGAUGCCCUCUGCUGCAAAGGGCAGCGGACCCAAGUGCUGCUC